AUGACUUCAACAUUUAUUAGAGAAUGUUGGAAUCAAGGCAUGAAACCAGAUGAAUUUGCUGAAAUUAUAAAGAAUAACCACAUGAAUGAAUUCCAAUCAAUUAUUCAAAUGUUAUCGAUAAUUUGUGGCACUUUAGAGAACAGUAUUAUCUUAUUAUAUGAAUAUUUAGCAUCACUAUUCCAAAAUUUCUCUGUUGAAGCAGCAAAAUCUAUAGAUUUAGAUGAUGCAAACCAAAUAAACGGUUGUAUUCUAACAUUUUCGCAAUAUGGAGAAAAAAUAUUCAAUCCUGAUGAAAUCUAUUCAAUUGACUCAUGUAAUUCAGCAUUAAAAAUACUCGAAAUUGCGCUUAAAUGCCAAGAUCAAAAAUUAUUAGAAGUUAUUCUCAAAAAAAUAUCAUGCUCUCAUUAUUUACCAGUUUGUAUUGCUGCUGCCCGUGUUCUUCUUCCGGAAUACUACAAAAAACUCAAAAUUAAUUUUCAAAAACUCAACUUAAACUUCAAAGCUAGUACAAAAAACCACUUAGAAGCAAACCUUGUCUAUUCAUUGAACGAAACUCUUAAUUAUCCGCAUCCAAAACUGUUUUUUACCGAAAAUGUAAUUGAUUUAUUUUUUUCUGUCUUUCAUAAGAUGCUUAACCAUGUUUUCAUGCUUCGAAUGAAUAAUAUUCAAACAUUACAACGUAUUUAUUUACUUCUUUUGAGUUAUCACUACAAAAAUCCACGAGUUUCUUUUAUUUUCAUUCUUACAAGCUUUUUAUCACCUCUUAUUCAUUUAAAGAUGCAAGGUGUUGAAGUACCUUUCGAUGAUAUUGACUGCAGCUUCGAUAUUGAUAAGUUUGUCGAUGUAAUCAACGCAAUUCCAGAUCAAUUUUUUGAUGAAUAUAAAAUUAACAAAAAAGAUCAUUUAAAUGGAUUCACAAAGCUAUAUGAUGGCAAUGAUAUUCAUUAUUUGAAUCUAAUCUAUCAAUAUCCGUCUUUAAUUUCAAAUAUAAUUCCGCAUUACAUAAAUUUGCUGAAUUCCGAUAAUAAUGAAGAUGUUAAGGCUGCAUGCAAAGAAAUUACUGCUAAUUUUCAAGAUUUCGAUUAUUUAAUUUUAUCGACCAAAAAUUUGGAAAAAUUUUUAAAUGUAACACUUUUUAGACUCCAGAAUAUUAAUGACCAACAAACAUUUACUGAUUUAAUCUUCUGUUUGAUAACUUUGAUGAAAGAAUUUUGGAAAGGUGGUGAACCUUCAAUACGAUCGACCAUCGUAUCAAUAAUUUUAUCUACAUCUAUGUAUACGAAUUAUUUGUUAUCUUGUUUUUUGCAAACUGCCGUAAUUGACUUAGAUUCUGCAUAUCAAUACUCAUUACAAGGUAUUCAGUCAUCAUCUUCGCAUAUAGAGAGAUGUUAUGCGUUUCUUUGUUAUCUUCUGCAUAAUGGAACUCAAAAUUUUGAACAAUUAUUAGAAUUUCUCAAACAAUAUCAAUAUCUUUGGAUAUCUGUCUUUGCUUGGGCAUUUACCAUCAAAACUGAAGAGCCCUUAAAGUUUUUUAAGAUCAAAUUCCCAAAUUAUUCCAUAUUUCAAGAUUUAUAUUCACUUUUAAUAGUAUUUAUCAGCGAUGGAAAGAGAUUUAAGAUCUCUGAGUAUUGUGAAUAUGAUCUAUAUAUUAGAUUUUCAGACAGACUUAAUGAUGAACUCGAAAUUUUAGUUUCAUCAAUUUUUGGGAAGACAGAUUUCUAUUUAUUAGAUCCUUAUUUGAUUUUUUAUGAUUUCAUGCUAUGUUGUAGAGCCUAUGCAUCUUUAAACGAAGAAAAAAAGUUAAUUGACAAAAUAUUCAAUUUAAUUUCAAGGUCUCCGGGAUUUUCCGACUACGAUGACAUCUAUAUGAUUAUGUCUGGUAUUUUAUCAGCAUCAAUUUCAUUAACAUUUGAUGAAAUCCCUGAAAAACCAUUAAAUAUGAUUAAAAUGCUGACAAACAUGGUUUCCAAUAAUAGUUUUAGUACAAUUGAGCUAAAAUUAAUUGUUCCAUUUUGCUAUAUGAUGAUUAUAAGCAUGAAGGAAGGCCUUGACGAAAGAUUAGAAAUGGUAAUUCAAUUUUGUAAAAAGGCAAUCUCUGGAAAUGAUAAAUCACAGCAGAUUAGCGUGUUUGCAUACUAUUUCAUGAAGAUGUUGAUUUAUUUUCCUUAUGUUAAACAAAGAAUUCCGUUAGAAAUGUAUCAAAUCUUCAACAUCCACGGAGAUCUCAAAGCCUUAAUUGAUUUCUUCAAAAUAAGGGCAAUGAUUAUUGAAAAUAAUCAUAGUCUUGACUAG